UGGUUGUUGCACCGAAUGGUAUGCGGCACACAUACCAUUCUCCGUUCUCAGAUAACCUACUUUAGAGUCGUUGAUCGUCUGGGCAUGGGCCGUGGGCCAUAUACGACGGUAGUACGUGGUGGUCUAAAAAAGAAUUAUAUAGCUGUCCGCAUCCGUUCGACAUACAAUAUCCCUGUAUCUGUAAAUAUUUAUGUUGGCUGCGAGAACAAGGAACCUAAACAGAGGCACGUGAUAACUACUACUAUGAUGGAGAAUACAACUGAUGGUCCUAAUGGUCCUAAAGGAGCUAGUGAUAGUGGUGUCGACGGUGUGACAAGUGAUAGUGGAAGUGAUAUGAGCGUUACUGUUGCUACGACGUCAACAGAUGGUGCCGAAAAAUAAUAGCACCUUGCCUUACCACUUACAUUAACCACGAAUUUGUCUUUUGUUCAGGGGCAUUUAUAAAAAAGAUGAUAUCCUGGAAUCAAGUAUUUAUAGACCUAUUACCUUAAUAUCCAUUUUCUCCGAGAACCAUAAAAAGCUUAUGCAUAACCAUGCUACCAUCUUUAAAAUCUUCAAGGAAGAAAAAAAUGGUUCCAAAAAGUUAAAAAUGUUGGUAGUCUAACUGACAAACUAAUUAGUUGUAAGUCAAAUUAA